UAUAUUAAAAUAUUUCAUUAAUUUUUUUCUUUAUUAUUCACAGACUAUAAUGUUGUAAAAAAUUAGUGUACUGUUUACUAUAAAGUAGAUUCGAAAUGCGAUCAAUAAAGAAAUAUACGGUAAAGAAAAUGAAUAAGUAAUUCGUUUAAUUUUACUAGCAAUGUACACUGUUAUCGUUGAUUAAGUUUUAUAUUUCGAACGUAUCAUUAUGUAACAUGAUAGAAUAAAGGUUGAACAUAGGUCAUUCUGCAAAUAUUAUAUAUACUUAAAUAUUUUUCCCAAUAACGAACUUCAAGUGAGAAAAAGAAGGAAGAAUAUGCCUGAAAACAUUAAUCGCACGGGUCCAUUCAUAGGAGCAAUUGACGAAGGGACGAGUAGCGCUAGAUUCUUAGUGUUUGAUGUCUUACGUAGGAAAGUAAUAGCAUCACACCAAAUUGAAAUUAAACAAAAAUAUCCACAAGAAGGAUGGGUGGAACAAGAUCCAAAAGAAAUCUUAAAAGCUGUUAUAGAAUGUAUCAAAAAGACUAUAGAAAAAUUAAAAGAUAUCGGCAUGAGCGUGUCAGAUAUUAAAGCAAUUGGGAUCACCAAUCAACGAGAAACUACUUUAAUGUGGGAUAAAAAUACAGGAGAACCAUUACACAAUGCAAUAGUAUGGCUAGAUAUUAGAACUACCACAACUUUAGAAGGUAUAUUAGACAGUGUACCUAAUAAAACAAGAAACAAAAAUUAUUUGAAACCUAUUUGUGGCCUUCCAAUGUCACCAUACUUUAGUGCUCUCAAAAUACGUUGGCUUAUUGAUAAUGUACCAUCUGUUAAACAUGCAGUUGAUGAAGAAAGAUGUGCUUUUGGAACAAUUGAUACAUGGCUUAUGUGGAAUCUCACCAAAGGUCAGUUACAUAUAACUGAUGUUUCAAAUGCAUCUCGCACAAUGUUAAUGAAUAUUGAAUCACUAAAAUGGGAUCCCCUGUUAUGUCAAUUUUUUGGAAUUCCACAACAUAUUCUGCCUGAAAUACGAUCUAGUGCUGAGGUAUAUGGAAUAGUUUCUAAUCCAGAAGUUCUUGCUGGUGUACCUAUAGCAGGGUGUGUAGGUGAUCAACAAGGAGCACUUCUUGGUCAAUUAUGCUUAAGGCCUGGACAAGCAAAGGCUACUUAUGGAACUGGUUGUUUCUUACUUUACAAUACUGGAAAUGUUAAAGUAGAUUCAACUCAGGGUCUUAUAACAACUAUUGCAUAUAAGAUGGGUAAAGAACCAGCAAUUUAUGCAUUGGAAGGCUCAGUAGCUAUAGGUGGGGCAGCUUUAACAUGGUUACGUGAUAACAUACAACUAUUUGCUAAUAUUACACAGUCUCAAGACAUGGCAGAAAGUGUGAGAAAUUCUGGAGACGUAUAUUUUGUACCUGCAUUUUCUGGUUUAUACGCACCAUAUUGGCAACAAGAUGCGCGAGGAGUGAUUUGCGGCAUCACUGAAGAUACACAACAAUAUCAUAUCGUCCGGGCAGCAUUAGAAGCUGUCUGUUUUCAGACGAGAGAUAUUUUAGAAGCGAUGAUUAAAGAUUCCGGAACGAAACUAACAACUUUACAAGUUGAUGGUGGAAUGACAGUAAAUAAUUUGCUUAUGCAACUACAAGCUGAUCUAACAGGAAUAAAUGUUGUGAGACCCAAUAUGGUAGAAACAACAGCAUUAGGAGCAGCUAUAUUAGCUGGUAUUGGAGUAGGUAUUAUUGAUAUCAGCGAUGUAGACGCGUCGCAAGUUACAACAUUUUCACCAGAAAUUGGAGACGAUGAAAGAGAUUUAAGGUAUUCUAAGUGGAAAAUGGCUGUCGAAAGAUCUAUGAAAUGGGAUUGUUCUACCACUUUAAUAAACAAUUAAGAUAAAAUAGUAUUACUGUAAAUAAUAAAAAGGAUAAUACAAAAUUUAAUGAUAUUUAAAUCAAAGAGUACAUAAAAAGUAAAUACUAUCUUGUUCGAAUCAGGAUACAUGUAUAUAGAUUUGAUUAAAUAUUGCGGAAUGUUUAAAUCUAAUAUGCUACAUCGUUUAAAUAUGGACACAACAACCUGGAAGAUAAUAGAAAUAGAGGGUCCAAUAUUAAAGCUAUAUAUAUCUUGUUCCAGAUCCGAAAUAUAUAUAUAUUGCAUAUGUAAAAUAGCCAAAAUUAUACAUAAGUUAUGUAUUCAUCGAUGAAGUAUUAUGUAUAUUUUGUUAAUGAAUAUAUUGGUUGAAUGUAUUAUUAUUAUUUGUUAUUGAAAAAAAUUUUCUUUUGUGAAUAAUUGUUAUGUGUUUAUAUAUUUUUAACCAUAUCUGUAACUCUUACAAAUAAAGUGUAUACUUAUACAACUUA